UGCGGCGGCGGGGACCUCCCGGAGCCUCCGGAGCCCGGCCUUCUGCCUAACGGCACCGUUACCCUGUGCCUGUCCAAGCCUCGGGUUUCUCCCCUGGAAAAGGGCGGUGUGGGACUCCUGGACAGGCUGGACCUGAGGAACAAUGUCAUCAGCACGGUGCAUCCCGGGGCCUUCCUGGGCCUGGGAGAGCUGAAGCGCUUAGAUCUAUCCAACAACCGGAUUGGCUGUCUCACCUCUGAGACCUUCCAGGGCCUCCCCAGGCUUCUCCGACUAAACAUAUCUGGAAACAUCUUCUCCAGUCUGCAACCUGGGGUCUUUGAUGAGCUGCCAGCCCUUAAGGUUGUGGAUCUCGGCACUGAGUACCUGACCUGCGACUGCCGCCUGCGCUGGCUGCUGUCCUGGGCCCGGAAUCGCUCCCUGCAGCUGUCGGAGCACACGCUCUGUGCCUACCCCGGUGCCCUCCACGCCCAGGCCCUGGGCGGCCUCCAGGAGGCCCAGCUGCGCUGCGGUAAGCACGCCCUCACCCUGCACCCUUGGUGGCCUCGAACCCUGGCCGGCAUCACAGCCUACCAGUCCUGCCUACAGUACCCCUUCACCUCAGUGCCCCUGAGCGGGGGUGCCCCGGGCACCCGAGCCUCCCGCCGGUGUGACCGAGCUGGCCGCUGGGAGCCCGGGGACUACUCCCACUGUCUGUACACCAACGACAUCACCCGCGUGCUCUACACCUUUGUGCUGAUGCCCAUCAAUGCCUCCAACGCGCUGACCCUGGCCCACCAGCUGCGGGUGUACACAGCUGAGGCGGCCAGCUUCUCGGACAUGAUGGAUGUUGUCUAUGUGGCUCAGAUGAUCCAAAAAUUUUUGGGUUAUGUCGACCAGAUCAAAGAGCUGGUGGAGGUGAUGGUGGACAUGGCCAGCAACCUGAUGCUGGUAGACGAGCACCUGCUGUGGCUGGCCCAGCGUGAAGACAAAGCCUGCAGCGGCAUCGUGGGUGCCCUGGAGCGCAUCGGGGGGGCUGCCCUCAGCCCCCAUGCCCAGCACAUCUCUGUGAACUCAAGAAACGUGGCACUGGAGGCCUACCUCAUCAAGCCACACAGCUACGUGGGGCUGACCUGCACAGCCUUCCAGAGAAGGGAGGCGGGAGUGCUGGGCAUACGGCCCGGAAGCCCCGGCCAGAACCCCUCCCCGGAGCCAGAGCCCCUGGCUGAUCAGCAGCUCCGCUUCCGCUGUACCACGGGGAGGCCCAGCAUUUCUCUGUCGUCCUUCCACAUCAAGAACAGCGUGGCCCUGGCCUCCAUCCAGCUGCCGCCCAGUCUGUUCUCGUCCCUUCCGGCUGCCCUGGCUCCCCCUGUCCCCCCAGACUGCACCCUGCAACUGCUUGUCUUCCGAAAUGGCCGCCUCUUCCGCAGCCACGGCAACACCUCACGUCCCGGAGCCCCCGGGCCUGGCAAGAGGCGUGGCGUGGCCACCCCUGUCAUCUUUGCAGGAACCAGUGGCUGUGGCGUGGGGAACCUGACCGAGCCAGUGGCCGUCUCGCUACGGCAUUGGGCUGAAGGGGCCGAACCCAUGGCAGCUCGAUGGAGCCAGGACGGGCCGGGCGGCCCCGGGGCUUGGAGCCCCGAGGGCUGCCAGCUCCGCUCCAGCCAGCCCAACGUCAGCUCCCUGCACUGCCAGCACUUGGGCAAUGUGGCCGUGCUCAUGGAGCUGAGUGCCUUCCCCAGGGAGGUAGGGGGCUCAGGGGCAGGGCUGCACCCUGUCGUGUAUCCCUGCACCGCCCUGCUGCUGCUCUGCCUCUUCUCCACCAUCAUCACCUACAUCCUCAACCACAGCUCCAUCCACGUGUCCCGGAAGGGCUGGCACAUGCUGCUGAACUUGUGCUUCCACAUGGCCAUGACCUCCGCCGUCUUUGCAGGAGGCAUCACACUCACCAACUACCCGACGGUCUGCCAGGCAGUGGGUGUCACUCUGCACUACUCUUCACUGUCCACACUGCUCUGGAUGGGUGUGAAGGCCCGCGUCCUCCACAAGGAGCUCACCUGGAGAGCGCCCCCUCCACAAGAAGGGGACUCUGCCCCGCCCGCUCCCCGUCCCAUGCUCCGGUUCUAUCUGAUCGCUGGAGGGAUCCCACUCAUUAUCUGUGGCAUCACAGCUGCUGUCAACAUCCACAACUACCGGGACCACAGCCCCUACUGCUGGCUGGUGUGGCGUCCAAGCCUAGGAGCCUUCUACAUCCCGGUGGCUUUGAUUCUGCUGAUCACCUGGAUCUAUUUCCUGUGUGCAGGGCUGCGCUUAAGGGGUCCUCUGGCACAGAGCCCAAAGGGGGGCACCAGCAGGGUCUCCCUGGAGCCAGGGGAGGAGCUCAGGGCUUCCACCAGGCCCAGGAGCAGCGGCCCCUUCCUGAAUGACUCAGGUUCCCUUCUGGCUACUGGGAGCGCGGGGUUGGUGACACCCGGGCCCCCGGAGGAUGGUGACGGCCUCUAUUCUCCGGGAGUCCAACUGGGGGCGCUGGUGACCACGCAUUUCCUGUACCUGGCCAUGUGGGCCUGUGGGGCUCUGGCCGUGUCCCAGCGCUGGCUGCCCCGGGUGGUGUGCAGCUGCCUGUACGGGGUGGCAGCCUCCGCCCUGGGACUCUUCGUCUUCACCCACCACUGUGCCAGGCGCAGGGACGUCAGGGCCUCCUGGCGUGCCUGCUGCCCCCACGCCUCCGCCCCCGGCGCCUCACCCCGGGCCGUGCCCGCCGCCUCAGAGGACGGUUCCCCCGUGUUCGGAGAGGGGCCUCCCUCCCUCAAGUCCUCCCCGAGCGGCAGCAGCGGCCACGCGCCGCCCCUGGGCCCCUGCAAGCUCACCAACCUGCAGCUGGCCCAGAGUCAGGUGUGCGAGGCCGGGGUGGUGGCCCGCGGGGAAGGGGAGCCAGAGCCCACGGGCUCCCGGGGGAGCCUCGUGCCCCGCCACGCCAACAACUUGCACCACGGGCGCCGAGUGCACAAGAGUCGGGUCAAGGGGCACCGCGCGGGGGAGGCCGGCUCCAAGAACCGGCUCAAGGCGCUGCGCGGGGGCGCGGCGGCCGGGGCGCCGGAGCUGCUGUCCAGCGAGAGCGGCAGCCUGCACAACAGCCCGUCCGACAGCUACCUGGGCAGCAGCCGCAACAGCCCGGGCCUCCAGCUCGAGGGCGAGCCCAUGCUCACGCCAUCGGAGGGCAGCGACACAAGUGCAGCGCCGCCCCCCGAGGCGGGCCGGCCAGGCCAGCGCCGCAGCGCCAGUCGCGACAACCUCAAGGGCGGCGGGGGCGGCGCGCUGGAGAGGGAGAGCAAGCGCCGCUCGUACCCGCUCAACGCGGCCAGUCUGAACGGCGCGCCCAAGGGGGCCAAGUACGACGACAUCACCAUGACGGGCACGGAGGCGGCCGGAGGCGCCUGCAUGAAGACGGGGCUCUGGAAGAGCGAAACCACCGUCUAG